AGCCCGUCCGCAGACAUCGUUUAUAAGACAGUGCUCGGCCGACGAAUGUUCGCAGUCUCAACCCGAAGAUUACUAACAGUCUUCCAACGUCCGCUAAACUCGUCUUGUGAAGAAACACUACACGCUCACUCAUCAACAUGAAUCGUCUGUCAAUCGUAUUGGUUAUCGCAUUGGUCGGUUACUCACUGUGUGAACCGGGAUAUGGUGGUGGUUCACAAAAUAGUGGAAAUCAAGGCGAAUACCAACAGAGUGGUCAUGGUGGCAGUGGAAGCCAAGGAUUUGGUAGCAACCAAGGACAUGGUAGCAACCAAGGAUAUGGUAGCAACCAAGGAUAUGGUAGCAACCAAGGACAUGGUAGCAGCCAGGGACAUGGUAGCGGCCAUGGACAUGGUAGCAACCAAGGAUUCGGUAGCAACCAAGGACAUGGUAGCAAUCAAGGAUAUGGUAGCAACCAAGGACAUGGUGAAUACCAACAACAGGGACAAGGUGGAAGCCAUGGACAUGGACAACAAUAUGGCAGUAACCACGGUUCAAACAAUCAAGGACACGGUGGACAUGGUUCAAAUCACCACGGACACGGUAGUGGCCAUUACUAAAACCACAAUCACGGUGCACGUCCGACGAAUGAACCCAGUCGCAACCAGAAGAUUACUAAUAGUCUUCCAACGUCCACUGAACUCGUCUUGCGAAAAUACACUACGUAUUCAUUCGCCAACAUGAACCGUCUGUCAAUUGUAUUAGUUAUGGUUUUGGUCGGAUAUUCACUGGGUGCACCGGGAUACGGCGGUGGACACCAAGAACAAGAAGAACAUGGUGGACAUAAAGAUAAAUAUGAUGGACACAAAGAAGAACAUGGAGGGCAUGAAGAAGAACACGAUAAACACAAAGAAGAACAUGAUGUACACAAAUAUGAUGGACCAAAAGAAGAACAUGAAGGACACAAGUAUGGUGGACAUGAUUUUGGUGGACACCAAGAAAAGCACGGUGAACAUAAAGAAGAGCACGAUGUACACAAAUAUGGAGAGCACAAAGAAGAACACGGUGGACACAAAUAUGGUGGACACGACUUUGGUGGUCACAAAGAAGAACAUGAUGUAUACGACUUAGGUGGACACAAAGAAGAACACGAAGCACACAAAUAUGGUGGACACAAAGAAGAACACGAUGGACAUAAAUAUGGUGGACACAAAGAAGAGCAUGGUGGACAUAAAGAAGAAUAUGAUGUACACAAAUAUGGUGGGCACAAAGAAGAACAUGAAGGACACAAAUAUGGUGGACACGACUUUGGUGGACACAAAGAAGAACACGAUGGACACAAAUAUGGUGGACAUAAAGAAGAACAUGGCGGGCAUAAAGAAGAAUAUGGUGGCCACAAAGAAGAACAUUGUGGGCAUAAAGAAGAAUAUGGUGGACACAAAGGACAUGAACACCACGGUGACCACAAAGAACAUGGCGGACAUGACUUUGAGGGACACAAAGGAGAAUAUGGUGGGCAUAAAGAAGAAUAUGUUGAACACAAAGAACAUGAACACCACGGUGGACACAAAGAGCAUGGCAGUCAUCACGGUUCAGAUCAUCACGGACAUGGUGGUGUUCACUACUAAAACUUCAUUCGUGUAAUGUCAUCCGAUCCCCGUUGACCACAAUUUUCUGGGACAUAUAACUUAAAAUCAUAUUAUAAUUCAUGUAAUAAUUGAUUCAUAAUACUAUUUAUUUCAUAAUUAUUUAUUUUUAAAUUGGAAAUUUUAAAUUUAUCAAUUUUGUUAUAGUACUAUCUGUACCUAAACAUUAUUAUUUAAGAUUUCGAAUUGUAAAGAUUAAGGCAUAUUUAAUUAAACAUUUUUCUAUUAAAAAUAUUUUUUUACAUUUA